AUGGCGGACCCUUUUGAAGUGCGCAUGCGCUUUACCACUCUCCUGACCCAUCUCUCUGCGUCUGCGACGGCAUCGAUCAAGACUGCCCACUAUGCGCUGAAGCACCGGGACAUGGACGAGGACUUGCACUCGUGCAUCCUGGAGAAUCUGGAGCGGGGGAACAACAUGAACAACCGAGCAAACAUCAUGUAUUUUCUCGAACACCACGCCGACAUCAACAUGAAAGAAGGCGGACACGAGGCAUACGUGGAGAUGGUCAAGCGGGAUAUCCGCCGGAUCGUGGAAGCGGUGGCACAGAGUGGCGCAAACGUCAAGGUCGUGAGACGGGUCGUCACGGGCCUGGGCGAGAAGGGAGUCCUUACACCAGAUGUUCUGGCUGGGAUCGAGUCUGGCUUGAAAGAGAAAGAGGAGAGAUUGGGGAGACUACUGGGCGACGAUGAUGGCAAGCCGGGAGGUGAUAAAGAUGCCAUGGAUCUGACCGCGGACGGCGCAGCGGACAGUCAGAAAGUCACGCCGAGACCACCAUCACAGUCGAAAUCGAACGGCGUCUCGAAGAUGGACAAGAGAGCCAUUGAACAGAGGAUUGAGGAGGAUAGAGAACGGAACAAGCGACUGCGCGAGAGUGUCUGGGCAGUGACAGGUGAUGACGACCAGGAGUUAGAGAAGAUGUGGGAAGAAGGAAACUAUCUUGGUGAAGACGAACGUGUCAUUGCUGCCGAAGAAGCAGAGGAGCGACUGCAAUUCACACGAUACCAUCGCAUGAUGUUAGAAAGUUGA